UGUCGUGGUGCGCAUGCGUACUCGUGUGCCGGAAGCGCCUCAACGGUCAGGAGAGCCGGGCGCCUGCAACUGCAGCGGCGGCAUCAUGGACGCAGACUUCUUGAUGGCUCUGCAGCUGCAGGCGCAGUGGGAGGCGGGGGAAGAAGAGGAGGCGGCGGCCGGCGCCCGUCCCGAGCCGCCUGCGCGGCCCCUCUCCGUGGUGGACGAAUCCUGGGAGCUGCUGGACCCGAGCCCAGACGUGCACGGCCUCUUCGUGCAGUUCAACGAGGAGCUAUUCUGGGGGCGGCUGGCGGCCGUGGAGGUGUCGUGGAGCCCGCGCAUGACGCUCUGUGCUGGCGUGUGCAGCUAUGAAGGAAGGGGUGGAAUAUGUUCCAUCCGCCUAAGUGAACCAUUGUUAAAGCUAAGACCAAGGAAGGACCUUGUAGAGACUCUAUUACAUGAGAUGAUUCACGCUCUACUGUUCGUUACUAACGAUGACCGAGACCGUGACUCUCAUGGCCCAGAGUUCUGUAAGCACAUGCGUCGCAUCAAUCGCUUGACUGGAGCCAAUGUUACAAUCCGUCACAACUUCCAUGAUGAAGUGGAUUUAUAUCGCCAACAUUGGUGGCGAUGCAAUGGCCCAUGUCAAAAUAAAAAGCCUUAUUUUGGGUAUUUGAAACGUUCAAUGAAUAGGGCACCCUCUGCAAGAGAUUUCUGGUGGGUGGAACACCAAGAAUCCUGUGGAGGCACAUUCACAAAAGUGAAAGAGCCAGAGAACUAUUCUAAAAAAGGCAAGGAAAAAACCCAGCCAGGAAAACUUUCAAGCUCCAAGCCAUCUGACGAUAAAGGAAAGAAACAUGGACAUGAUACACAAAUCCUAAUUCCCUUUUCUGGAAAUGGAUAUCGGCUUGGGGGAGCAGACAGUGGAUCCUCAGAAAAAAUCACAAGCUCAAUCACCACUAUUAAGAGCAAAGAAAUACUCAGUUCACCACGUCCGUCAGCAGCUAGAAGCACAAGACCUGUUCCCAAAAAUGAAAUAAAAUUUGAAAACUCGCCCCGCAGCAACACUGUCUUCCCACUUAAUUUUGAUGAUACUAGUAAUGAAAACAAAUUUGCCUCGGAGCGUGAAUUUCCUAAAUUAUCCGUUGCUAAUACAAAAGUUUACAAGAACGUUAAUGGGUCGCCUGUUAAAAUUUCUGCUCUUGGAGAAAAAUCAAAUACACUUUCUACAAAUGCUAAGUGGGCUUUGCCAUCUUCUAAUGAGACACCAAGGCAGAUUUUCUCUGAACAAACUCCAAGAGCCUGGGUUGGAUCUUGGGGAAAUAAGAGCUUGGAAACUGUUGGUAUGCCAAAGAAACGGCCAAAAACAGAGGACAAAACUGCCUUUGAAAACUUCUUCAUAAAGAGAGAGAGAAUGGAUAGCAGUUUCAGAACUAGCACUGCUAUAAAAAGCCUUGCUGAAUCAACAGUGUCCUCUGCCAGUACUAAUUCUGCUGUCAAUCAGGUUAAAAAUGUCAGCUGUCCUGUUUGCCAGAUUGAGGUUUUGGAAUCUAAAAUAAAUGAACACUUAGACUCCUGUCUCUCCUAGGAAUGCAAGCUCAAAACCAAGUGCUGACAAUGUUUUGAAAACUCUGUUUUGCUCGGGGUUUGUCCAGUUCUGAUUAUUGUCAUGUGCCUCCCCUCUGGCCUUCAUCAUCCAAGCUUGGGAAAACACUCGUGUCUCUGUGUCAAAUGAGGUCUAAGUCACUUUCAGUAUGGAAGGACAGUUCUGAUCUUUUGGAUCUUAAUUUGGAUAUUAAGAUGUAACAUGAGCAC